AUGCGAGAGAGGCAGGAUGGCCUGCUUGCUGAGAUCUACGACAAGGUCUGUCAGAUCCAGAUCAAGCCGCUGCAUCUGCGUCCUGAGCCGCGAACCAGCGUACCAAGUUUCGACGAGGAGCGGAGUAUCGCAUCGCUGUACUCGCCAGGAAGCCUGGAGGGCCCACGGGCCGGCGGGCGGGGCCGUGCGAGCACCGAAGGCUCGGUGUCAUCUCCGAUGGACGACUCGGGCAAAGACCACUCGGACGGUAACGGCUUGCAGCCUGAUGAUCGUCAGCUUGCAGAGAAACGAAAGGUGCGAGGCAGCUAUCGGCACUCUUUCGUACGCAAAGCUCAGCUGAAGCACGAGGAAACAGCCGCUGCAGCUUCGCUUCACCUGGCGAGCCUCAAGGCGUACAGCCUAAAUGCAGCACCCGAGACCGGCGCACUACGUGCCCUCGGGCAAGCAGUUGUCACAUCGAGCGUUUUCACAGGAACGAUCACGUUCUUGAUCUUCCUGAAUGUGGUGCUGCUUGGUGUUGAAGUUGAUAUGUCUGCAAACCUGGGGCAGGACCAGGUGCCUUUGUGGUUUGGAACAGUGAAUGCCAUUAUCGUCCUGAUUUUUGUUCUGGAGGUCUUUCUGAAGUGUCUGGCAUAUGGGUUGCACGAAUUCUGGUGCGGUGCUGAUUCCAAAUGGAACAUUUUUGAUAGCUGUAUCAUCGCAGUCUCGGUCGUGGACACGAAUGUAGAUAUUUGGGCCCAAAUGAUGGCCCAUUCCAUGGCGACUUCGACACAUUUGCGCCUGAUGCGCUCGCUGCGGUUGGCACGUGCACUUCGCGGUGUCCGUGUCGUUCGGCUCUUCCGAUAUGUGAGUGCCUUGCGAACCCUGGUGCUCUGCAUCGUCAGCACCAUGGCCUCUCUUGUUUGGACUCUGGUGCUGCUGGUCCUCAUCUUCUACACCUUCGGGGUGAUCCUCACCCAGCUGGUUACGGACCAUUGCCGGGACGCCACUGUCCUCAACAGCGGAGAUCUCAACGCCGUGCCCAGUUGUGAUGCAAGCUUGGCGCGCUACUGGCAAAGUGUGCCCCACAGCAUGCUCACCCUCUUCAUGUCCAUCUCUGGUGGUGUAAGCUGGGAGGACGCGCUGAGGCCCCUCGAGGCCGUCUCGCCGCUGGCCGCGGGGCUGAUGGUCUGCUACAUAGUGCUCACCGUGCUGGCAGUCCUGAACGUGGUCACGGGAGUUUUCUGCAACACCGCGAUUGAGAGCGCACAUGCUGACAAGGACGUCGCUGCUAUCAAGCAGAUCCACAAGCAGGCGGCACAAGUGCAGAGCUUGCAGCAGCUGGGCAAGGAGUUCGAGGAGGCCAUGAGCCAGCAGAAGAUGGCGAGCUUCCUGCAGUCCAUGGGGAUCUCGACGGGGCCAGCGCAAGCGGACAUGGCACGAGACUGCGUUUCGGGCUUCGUGCCGGGCACUUUGCAUAAGAUGCUUCGGCGACUCAAGGCCCGGCUGGAGGAGGACGGCGUCACCACCGAGAUCCAGGCGGCCAUCAAGCAUACGAUCGAGACCAUAGAACCCAGCCGCCAGACGGAAGCGGCUGGGCAGCACCAGGUCGAGGCUGUGGCUUGGCCGGGGGAGGAGUGGACGGUGAAGUUCUUGUGCCAUCGCUGCGGCACGUUGGCUGAUGCUGAGGCCAACAUAAAGGGCAAGUGCAGCCGCCUUGGGGUGCGGCGACCUAUGCGAGCGCGCAGAGGACGGGGCUCGAGCCAAUUGGCCCGCUACAACCUCGAGCGCCUCGGCUACCCGAUCCGGCCUAAGGACUCCGACACCGAGGCGGCGCAGCUUGCGGCGGGACUACGGCAGGGACCAUGA